GAAGGCUCAGCCAGGGAUGGCCUGGGAGGAAAUGGGGAAGAAAGAACCCCAAAAGCAGCGGCUGGAGCGCUGCCUGCCCCCCAGGCACACGCACCCAUAGGCCUGCGGGUGCUGGUCUGGGGGGUGCCCAGUAUCACCCGUGCAUGGGCUCAAGGGGUCCGUGGGUCCCGCCCGCCAGCACCGCCCCCCCCCGCUCCAUCCUCCCCAUCCUCCGAACGCAGGAAUCCGUCUGGGGUAAACAGAUGAGUAAAGCGGAGCCGAGCCGGGAGCUGCUGAGCGGCCGGGACCUUGGGGCUGGGACCUUGGGGCCGGGGCUGCGGCUCCGCUCGGCCGGGGGCAGGAGCUCCCUGGAAGAGGGUUUGGCUGCAUCCAGUAACCUCAAAACCAAGCACAGCCUCAGGGUGUCUGCUCCACAGGACGCCUUUGGCUUCAUCGGCCUCGGAUCCAACCUCUUCGCCCUCUGUGUCCUGCUCAGCUCCUCCCGCAAGCUCUCCAGCCAGACCCGCUCCUCCUUCCUCAUCUUCCUCUGCGGGCUGGUGGUCACUGACUUCAUGGGGCUGCUGGUGACGGCCUCGGUCAUCAUCCCCUACCACUUCAUCAAGUUCACCUGGGCCAAGGUGGAUCCCGGCUGCCACCUCUGCAACUUCCUUGGCUUUUCCAUGGUCUUCUUUGGGCAGUGCCCGCUGCUGCUGGGAGCCACCAUGGCAGGAGAGAGGUUCUUGGGCAUCAACCGCCCCUUCUCCCGCUCCACCAGCAUCUCGAGACGCCGCGCCUGGUCCAUCGUGGGGCUGGUGUGGGGCUUCUGCUGCCUGCUGGGGCUGCUGCCGGUGCUGGGGCUGGGCCGGUACACGCUGCAGUAUCCUGGCUCCUGGUGCUUCCUCACCCUCCUGCCUGACACCGGAGACAUCAUCUUCUGCCUGGUCUUCGCUCUGCUGGGCAUCUGCUCUGUGCUGCUGUCCUUCGUCUUCAACACAGUGAGUGUGGUGACUCUGUGCCGCGUCUGCCACGACCGGGAGUCGGUGCAGCGGCGCCGGGACAGCGAGGUGGAGAUGAUGGUGCAGCUCGUGGGCAUCAUGGUCAUUGCCACCAUCUGCUGGAUGCCCCUGCUGAUCUUCAUCGUGCAGAUGGUUCUGCAACAGCUGCCAGCCAAGGGGCAGCUCCAGAUGCUGCCCAUGGAGACACAGAAGAUGCUGCUCAUCUACAUCCGCAUGGUCACCUGGAACCAGAUCCUGGACCCCUGGGUCUACAUCCUGUUCCGCCGGGCCGUGCUGCAGCGCAUCUACCCUGGGCUGCGGCCACAGCCCUCCAUGGCCUCCCUCUACCCUGUCUUCAACCUCUCCCUGCGCUGCAAGCUCAGCCCCAGCUCUGUCCUGCAGUAGUGCCCCAUGUGGGGACAGAAGCCUCCCCCACCCCAGGGUAACCAACGGUCCCCAUCACCCGCACCCACAGGUGCUCCUCAGCACCCAGUACCCAAAGGGGAGGAAGCAAGUGUGAGGCUGCUCCCCCACCUUGUCCCCAUCCACAUGAGACCCUCAAUAAAGCAGCUCU